AUGUCAACAUUUUGUUAAUUAUAUACAUAUAUAUGGAUUGGCAGAAGUUAUUACCGUUGCACCCAUAGUAAUUGUCGAGUGAAGAAGAGAGUGGAACGUCUGUCUGAGGACUGUCGAAUGGUGAUAACAACUUAUGAAGGUAGACAUAACCACUCCCCUUGUGAUGAUUCUACUUCAUCUGAACAUGAAGGCUUUACCUCUUUCUAGCUAGUACCUACCUACGUAGUAAUAUACCAAAUUAAAACGUUAUUGUAAUGGAUAUAUAUAGUGUACGUUGGUAUUGUAUGCUUUUUUAGUUUUAGUAAUUAAUUUAGGCUCUUCCUACAUCAUGUAAUUUUAUAUCGAUCUCUUGCAAGAUGCUCAAGGCCCAACCCAAUCCAACCCCCCCAAAUAGCCCAAUUGAAAAACCCUUUUUGGGCCACUAUUAACCCAGUCGAUCUAGGAAAUAUUAAAUGCAGUCCUCUCAGCUCUUUCUUCUCCGCGAGCGCGAGGGUCUGCACAGCUCCGCAGCAAUGGCUUCCAAGUUUCUCCAGCUCUACGGUUACGACUUGCUGUUGGGAUCAAUCGCUGCAUUUUAUGUGUUCAUGGUGCCGUAUACUAAGGUUGAAGAAAGCUUCAAUGUUCAGGCAAUGCACGAUAUUCUUUAUCAUCGACAUCACUUAGAAAAUUAUGACCAUAAGGAGUUCCCUGGUGUUGUACCUCGCACUUUCAUAGGUGCAUUGCUUGUGUCAAUUUUGGCAUCUCCAAUUGUAUUCACAAUGAGCUUGCUACAUUUGCCAAAACUUUAUAGUCUUAUUGCAGUACGGAUGGUAUUGGGUUGCAUCAUACUAUGUACACUGCGGUUUUUCCGUGUUCAGGUUAGGAAAAAGUUUGGAUAUCAAGUAGAAGCAUUCUUUGUAAUAUUAACAGCAAUUCAGUUUCAUUUGCUGUUCUAUUGCACCCGUGGGCUUCCAAAUGUACUAGCUUUGGGUGCAGUCAAUUUGGCCUAUGGGCUUUGGCUGGAAGGGAGCAUUUAUGCAGCUUUGAACUGUCUUAUUUUUGCUACAAUCAUCUUUAGAUGUGAUAUUUUGUUACUUCUUUGUCCUCUUGGAGUGGAGCUUUUGUUGACCAGAUCGAUAUCGCUAUUGAAAGCCCUAAAGUACUGCAUUGCAGUUGCAGUGCUGUGCAUAGGUCUUACAGUAUCUAUUGAUUCAAUUUUCUGGAAGAGGUUUUUGUGGCCUGAAUUUGAAGUUUUUUGGUUCAACUCAGUUCUUAAUCGGAGUUCUGAGUGGGGUACACAUUCCUUUCACUGGUAUUUUACUUCAGCACUCCCUCGCUCAUUACUUGCUGCAUACCCACUUUUCAUGCUUGGGUUCAUACUUGACAGGAGGGUUUGGCCCUUUGUUCUUCCAGUUCUCUCUUUUGUCAUACUUUACUCUAAACUUUCACACAAGGAGCUCCGUUUCAUUAUCAGUUCAGUUCCUGUCUUCAACUUAUCUGCUGCAAUUGCAGCUAGUAGAAUCUAUAACAACAGGAAGAAGAGUCUCUGGAAAAUUUUCAAUUUAAUUAUGCUGGGAUUGCUGUUAAUCAGUCUAGGCUGCACAGUCAUUACUUUUAUGGCCUCCUAUGAGAAUUAUCCCAGUGGUUAUGCAUUGAAGAAGUUGCAUAACGUUGGUGGUAUUGCCAACAAGAGCAAUGAACUCUGGGUUCAUAUUGAUCCAUUUUCAGCCAUGAAUGGAAUAUCCCUCUUUUGUGAAGAUGAUUUUCCAUGGAGAUACUCUAAGGAAGAAGGGAUUAGUCUUAAAGAAUUUGGUCAGAGAAAUUUCACCUAUCUUAUAAAUGAACAUUCUGCUAUUGAUGGAUUCAAGUGUUUAUUCAGUGAAAAUGGGUUCUCUAGGAUUCGUCUCCAACCGGGGUUUCCACCCAUCUUACUGGUUCUAGAACCCAAAGUUUAUGUUCAUGGAAAUAUGAAAAAUGAAGAAGUCAUGGGAAAAAAUUGGCCAGGAUGCUCAUGAACUCAAGGAAUCAAAUCUGUACGUUUAAAAUUGCUCCAGAGAAAUAGAGCUGCCAAACACUCAUUGUCCCUUCCUGUUUACGCCCUUGAUACGUUUAGCAGAUGGUAAGUUAACUUGUACAGUGAACUGAGUUCUCAAAUUGCUAUUGCCAUUGCGAUUAUGAAAUUGUAUCUUAAAGAAUAGGUCUUUCGAUAAUCAUAUGAAAUUAAAACGCUUGGAAACCUUAGAUGGACUUUUCCACUUACGGCAAUGAGCCAAAGACCAUGAACUAUUCUAUAUUUAUCCAUUUCUGGUCUCGGCUAUAUGGCUUUGUUAUUUCAAAAUAGAAAUGGUUUGAAUUU